AUGUCGUUCCCAACCCAGGAAACCGAGGUCAAGGUCUCCAGCAACGGGGCAGACAGCUUCGUGAGCUGGUACUACCAGGACCUGAACGACGCCCGCUUGCUCACGCCCUACUACGUCAACUCGUCGUCCAAGUACACCGACGCGGGCAUCACCGCCGACGUCACCAUCAACGGCGCCCACCUGACCGACCCCUCCGAGUACGAGGUCCUGCUGGACCAGCAGCGCCGCAGCGCCGCCGCAGCAGCAGCCGGCGCCACCACCAACGGCGAGCACCACCACAACAACAAGAACAGCAACAACCACAAGGUGCGCUACGACGUCACGAGCUACGACACCCAGGUGCUCAACAACGACUACGGCCUCGGGUGCCCGGAGCACAUCCUCAAGCAGGGGCCCGACCGGCACGGCGGACGCGUCUCGAUGCUGGUGACGGUCACGGGCACCCUGAAGCUGCUCGGCGGCGGGCCCGGGUCCGAGACCCAGACGCAGCACGUGCGGUUCCACGAGGUGUUCGUGCUCGUGCCCAACUGGGACGUCGUCGGCCGGCGCAACCCGCCGCGCAACGCAAAGAAGUUCCUCAUCUCCUCGCAGAACUACAGGACGCUCCGGCGGCACGGGGGCAGGCACGCGCCGCCGCGACGGUCUGAGAGACAGAGGAGAGGCAGGGACCGCGGCUACGGCUACGGCUACGGCUACGGCUACGGCUACGGCUAUGGCUACGGUCAUGAUAACCACUACGAUCCCUACCGGUACGGCCGCCUGCCUGGGGGUGUCUUCCCGCUUGAGUCCCGGCGCAGCUCUGGCAACGAGCGAAUGCGCGAUUGGCACUGGGGCUAA